AAACGAACACAUUAAUGUUAAAAAAGCAAGUGUUUGUAAUAAAUCAAUUUAAGAUUUUAUAAUAUUGUUCAGAAAAAUGCCAACGUUUUCCGAGCGAUUUUCUUGAUUAAUUUUAAAAGUUAUGUUAAGAACAAAGAAAUUUGAUUUGUUUUUGAUAUACCAAACAACUGGAAAAGGAUAAAAUAUUUUAUUGGCAAUCACGAUACUGUACGACACAUUAAGAAAAAAUCAAAAUCUAUCACACUAUCAUACAUAUACACACAAUUACAGACACACUCUCCAAAAUGACACCGAAUCGCACACCGGAAUCUCCCGAAUACGAAAGAGAGAGCGCUCAAAUUCACCCACUGCCCCCAACACGGCCCCGAGCUGCUUUCUCAGCGUCUCAAUCGAAAGACUUGCGCGAGCAGAAAAACGACGAACCGUCCUUCGACUAGGCAAACACAUACACGCCUUGACGAACACAGAUCCCCUGAAGCAGUGGUGGUAGUAGUCGAUGUUUUCGACGUUCGACGGUGUUUUUUCAGCGUUUCAUCACAACCAGUAUAGCGGCAUCGAUUUUGGGAAGGGGAAAGCAGCGUCCGUUCGUUUGCAAGCGAAUCUCAUCGUUGCGAUGGUGCCUUCGUGCUCAGACGCGUUUCAACAGCGAACCGGUACGGAUUUACCAUCCCCGAUACGCAAGUCGCACGAGCCCGCUAACGGAACCUGUGUAUUUGCGCGCGCCUGUAUACGCAAAACUCCCGAAAUAAGGAGCAAACGGGCAGAGUUGGACGAACCACUACAAAACCGAAUCAGAUAUACAGUAAAAGUGUGUACGAGCGAAAAACCGAGAGACGUAAAAAAUAAGAAACAAAAAAAAAAUACAGAAGCAACCCACAGCAGCAGUGCAUGGAGUUGAAAAUGGAUAGGAAGAUCAGAAACCAUCAGUGACCGAUUCCGGGCAGAUCGAGAACAACGCGGAACUGUUACUUUUUGCCGCCGCUUUGUUCCCCUAGAACAGUGGAAAAUAUAUUUAGGUGUGAAAACAAAGUUUUUUUUUUGUGAUAAACUUUCCAAAUCUGAAGUGUUUCUCUCAUUGGAAAUCAUUCAUUCUGGUGGAAAACGUGCGGGCCCGGAAAAGUGUUUGUGUUACUUUCUCGUCGGCGAAUGAGUGUAUGUGUUCUGUCAAUUAAGCUUCUCUUUUCGGGUAAAAGGCAUUAGAAAUUAAACCCCAAACACAUUGUGACACAUCAAAAUGUACCACGGUUUUUAAGUGCCCAAAAUUUCAAAGUGUUCAGCAAAAGAUAAGAUUUCAAAACGUACCCACGCAAAAGUGAUGUCGCUAAGGAGUGCCCAAACAUAGCAGCAGCGACAUAGAGAAAAACAUACUACAAACACAAACGCAUACCGCAACGGCAGCAAGGAAAACAUUAUUUCACUUUCGCCGCGCAAAAAAAAAAAACCUACAGCUCCUUUCCGUACCUAACCGUUUACAUACCGGAACACUUCGAAGAAGAACCGGUGCAACUAUAUUGCUUGUACACAGUCAGCAGCGUUGCAACGCCGAAGUGGAAUAGCGUUUUCCCUUUCUGUGCUCCAACACAGCAGUCUUCGUGGACAACGUGUGUCCGUCCGUCUCUCGUUGCCCGCCCGCCCAUCCCGUUCUCAACUGCAUCGAACCCGUGAGAGACAGCUGAUGAUGGUUCUUUGUUGUUUUGGAUUGAUGCUUUGAACAACAACUCACUAACGACGCCAUCGACGGUAGGGGAAGUGAUCCAUCGAUAUACUUCCUCUCCUUCAGGCAGUCGUUGGGGCAAAGCUAAUCGUUCGCCCGAGUACGUCGUUCCCGGCCCGGUCCCCCCAAAAGCCGACACAAUCGCGCCCCAACCGCAACCGGACCGGGACCGGCCCGGCCACAAAGAUCGCACCGGGGAUCCUGAUGCACCCGGUGAGCUGCUCCCGACGGCACCGCUGAGCAACGUUUCGCCCAUCGCCAGCUACCUGCGGCGGGCAGCGGCGGCCGCCGUUCCCCGACGUCGCACCAAAGCCAAGAGCUUUAAUAAAAUGGGCCAGGAGAAAUCUUUGCCCUCCAGAUGUACCUCCGCACAUGACUACCAUCAUCACCACCAUCAUCAUCACCAUCACCAUCACCACACGAGCUCGUCCACCUCCUCCACGACCUCGUCCGCUGUGCCGUCCCGCUCACCGUCCACCGCUUCGACGACAUCGUCCGCUUCGUCCGCAUCGGCCGCUUCCUCGUACAAAAGCGUCGAGCGGCAGACCAAGUACCUCAACGAGCAUCUGUACAUCAAGUCCUAUCUGGACAUUGAGGAGGAGGACCGCAACGCAAAGCUGCUGUUCCAGAAGGUGCGCCCCGGUGGCAUACGCAACUACACGCCCAAGAUACUGUCCGAAAACCCGAAGCAGGAUUUGGAUGUUUGGAUCUAGCGACGGUUGCAGCUAGUUGCUAUACUAACAACAACAUUUCCUUGCACCGCGGUCUCUUGCAAACGCCUCAGUGUGAACCCGUCUCCCGGCAAACGUUCUCCCGGGUGCACACCUUUCGGCAGAAUCAACUUUUCUGCAAAUCAACUCGCAUCAAGACAUUACGACACAACAAAAGAAAACCCCCGCAAAAAGACGCCAUCAACUUCCAGCACCGUGCAAUGGCUCUUGGACUCGCUUCCGUAGCGGCAGUAGCUGGAGGACUUGCGCACA